AUUGUAUACAAUCGUUGCCCCUCAACACAUUCGACCACAUAUUGAUUAUAAAGUAUCGUUAACACUGCAUGACGGUGUUGAGCCCAGCACCAUUCGCUUGAGCAUCCAAGAUGGUUUGAAAUACAAAAACGAAAAAGAAGUCACAAUCACAUCAAAUAAAACCGAAUUGGUGACAUUACAUAUCGAUGAUUUGGAUGUAUCAAAGGGCUAUAAGUUCGUGGCAGAAGGCGUUUCGGGACUUAUAUUUCGGAAUGAAUCGGCGUUGAAAAUUGAAUCGAAAGAAGUUUCAAUUUUCAUUCAAACCGAUAAAGCCAUUUAUAAACCAGGUGAAACGAUCAAAUUCCGUGUCUUGGUGCUCGAUUAUGAAUUGAAACCGGCUACAUUGAAGACAGACAGCCCACUCAAUAUUUAUUUUACCGACCCACAAAAGAACCGUAUCAAGCAAUGGCUUAAAGUGACUCCAAAGAUGGGCGUAUUUACCAGCCAAAUUCAACUAUCCGAACUGCCGGUAUUGGGCAGCUGGAAAUUCGAGGCUCAAGUUGGAAAAGAGAAAAAAACGAAAGAAAUCGAAGUAGCUGAAUAUGUUUUACCGAAGUUUGAUGUCACCAUCGAUGCACCAACAGAAUUUUCCGCGAAAAAUGGCAAAAUUCAUGCAAUCGUUCGCUCAAAAUACACUUAUGGAAAAUUUUUGAAGGGCGAAGCUAUAGUAUCACUCACUCCAACAGCAUCAUACUCGUAUUACCGAACGAACAAUAGACAUCAAAAUGAAGACAGCAUCGUGAAAACCAUUCCGAUCGAUGGAAAGGGAAAUGUCGAAUUCGAUGUUGAGAAUGAUUUGAGAGUUGAAUUCUCCGAAUAUACCAGCCAGAGAAAUUACGAAUUAAAAGCAGUGGUCGUUGAGGAGCUAACCGGUCGCAAUCAAAGUGCAUCGAAAAUUAUAACACUUCAUAAAACACGCUAUAAGGUUGAAGCAUCGGAUUUAACUCAUGAAUUUAGCCCGGGGCUGCCGCUCACAUUUUCGAUUAGCGUUAAGCAUCACGACAAUUCGCCAGUUUUAUUGAACGAGGAGACCAAAUGGAUUACAAUUGGCAAAGUUUUUGAUCGAUUCAACUCCGAUGAGCGUGUCACAUAUUACAAAUUUGAAUUGAACGAAAAUGCCAACGCCAAUAUUAGAAUACCAACACGUUCGAAUGAAACAAACUUCUAUUUGCAGGUUAAAUAUGUGGAUGAAGAAUCGGACUUUGGCUAUUUCUAUCCACUGACAGUUGCUGAACCAUCUGAAUUGGAGGCGAAAGUAUUAACCAAACGUCCGACAUUAAACAAAAAUGUUUUCGUUGAAGUGCAGUCGAGUCAUCAACUUCAAAAUUUCACAUAUCAAGUCAUUGGCCACGGAAAAUUGAUUUAUGCAGAGAAUGUUGCUGUGCCAGAUCGGAAAUAUCACGUAUUCAAAUUUAAAGCAACAUUUGAUCUUGUGCCAAAGGCCACACUGAUUGUUUAUCGCGUCAAAAAUGGUGAAAUUGUUGCCACAAGAAACGAAAUUUCAAUCGAGGAUGAUUUGAAUAAUUUCGUUAAAUUGAAAUUGUCAGAAGACGAAACGCAACCAGGCAAAGACAUUAGCAUCGACGUCAUUACAAAUCCAGAUUCGUACGUUGGCUUAGUUGGUGUGGAUCAAAGCGUACUCUUGUUGAAGAAAAACGACGGAUUAACAAAACAAGAAGCAUUUGAUGAAAUGAACAAUUAUCAAAAUAAGUUCUAUCCGACAGAAUUUGGUGCAUGGAGUGUUGAACCACGACAAUAUAUAAACGACUAUUUCCGACCAUUUGAAUAUAGCGACUUCAUUCUAUUCACCAAUGCAAAACAAGAAACAUACAAAUAUAUUGCUCAACGAUUCCAUUCUUAUGCUUAUACAACAACUACACCUAGUAGAAUUGGUUUCUAUGGUGCUGCUGGUGCAGCAUACCCAUCAGCACUUGCAGCCGCACCCGUACUGAACAACGAAAUUCUUAUAGAUAGAACAGAUGGAGCAAUAGUUGAACCACCACGAGUUCGUACCGAAUUCCCAGAAACAUGGCUGUGGGAAGAUGUCGAUGUUAAUAAUCCGAAUGGAACUUUAACGCUUAACAAAAAAGUGCCAGACACAAUCACAUCGUGGGUGAUCAGUGCUUUCUCUGUUAAUAACCAAUUCGGUUUAGGUUUGACCAAAAAACCAAGGGAAUUGAAUGUAUUCCAACCGUUUUUCGUGUCAUUGAAUCUUCCGUAUUCCGUGAAACGUGGCGAAGUGGUUGCAGUGCCGGUGGUGUUAUUCAACUAUUUGAACAUGGAUGUUACUGCUGAACUGGUACUUCAAAAUGAGAAUGGUGCAUUUGAAUUUGUCGACGAUAUUGAAGGCGAUCAAUCUUCUCGCAAACGUCAAGUGUCAGUUGCUUCCAAUUCAGGUGUUACACAAACAUUCCUCAUCAGAUUCAGUUCGGUUGGGCAGAUUCCAUUGAAAGUGAGCGCCACGUCUGCUGUUGCUGGCGAUGCCGUCGAGAGACUCUUACAGGUCGAUCCAGAAGGUGUUCCACAAUUCAUCAACAAGGCGGUGUUCGUUGAUUUACGUGAAUCCGACAAAUUUGAAACGAUUCAAAAGGUCGAUGUACCAGAGAAUGCUGUUCCUGGUUCAUUGAAAAUCAAUGUGAAUGCAAUUGGCGAUUUACUGGGUGGAGCGAUACAAAAUUUGCAUCAACUCAUUCGAUUGCCAACUGGUUGUGGUGAACAAAAUAUGCUGAAGUUUGUGCCGAAUGUGGUGGUUCUGGAUUAUUUGAGUGCCGCUGGUAAUAUCGAUCCGUUAAUAAAAGACAGAGCCGUUAAGUAUCUUUUGAGCGGAUAUCAGCGCGAGUUAACUUAUCGCCAUGCCAACGGAUCGUUCAGUUCGUUUGGAAAACUCGAUCGCAAGGGCAGCACAUGGCUAACGGCCUUCGUUGCAAAAUCAUUCAAACAAGCUGAAACGUAUAUUGACAUUGAUAGUAAAGUGGUUGAUGACGCUCUUGAAUUCCUCAGUGGAGUUCAAGCGGCUGACGGAAGCUUCCCUGAAAUGGGACAAAUUUCACAUCAGGCCAUGCAAGGCGGAUCAAACAAGGGUGUUGCUCUAACCGCAUAUACCGCAAUUGCUUUCUUGAGAAAUAAGAAAUCAACGGAUUGGAAAUAUGAAGAAGUAGUUACCAAAGCUAUCAAUAAUAUUGCAUCGAAUCUUAAACAAAUCGAUGAUCCAUACACUGAGUCCGUUGCUGUGUAUGCACUUCAAUUGGCCGGCCAUUCAACGAAAGAUCAAGCAUUGGAUGACUUAGUCGGUAAAUCAGUAGUCAAAGAUCAACUGAAAUGGUGGAGUAAAUCGAAAUCCAAUCAACGCCCAUCAGAAUCAAUAAAUAUUGAAAUCACUUCAUAUGGAUUGCUUUCGCUCAUUGAAGCCAAACGAUUCGCUGAUGCAUUGCCUUACUUCAGGUGGCUGUUGAGCAAACGAAAUGAUCGUGGUGGAUUUAUUGGAACACAAGAUACAGUCAUUGGAUUGGAAUCAUUGGCCACAUAUGGUCGAUUCUUAUCAAACAAGGACAAUAAUGUUGGGCUCAACGUUCAUGUUGACAACACUGAAGAUCGCAUUCUUACCGUUAAUAAUGAAAACGGAUUGGUUUUACAAACCAUUGAUAUGCCAUCGAACACAGAAUCGAUCAAACUUUCCGCCUCUGGCCACGGAUUUGCCUUAUUCCAGCUAUCAUAUCGAUACAAUCUAAACCAAAGUGAUGUUUAUGAAACAUUCACAUUGAAACCAAAAGUGCUUGAAACCACGGCGGGUCACUUGAAUGUUCAAAUUUGCUCAAGAUUCAACCCAAAGAGCGAAAGUGAGACGCACUCGAAUAUGGUGAUUGUGGAAGUUGGAAUGCCAAGUGGUUUUCUCAUCGAAAAAGAUCGAUUGAAUGAGUUUUUGAAGAAGCCAAAUAUCAAACUGGUUGAAACGACAAACGGUGAAACGGUGGCACAUAUUUACUUCGAUCAAAUGUUGGCGAACGAGGAAAUUUGCCUGGAAGUUCAAGGAUAUCGCUCGCAUAAAGUGGCCGAAAACAAACCGGUGCCAGUGAAAAUCUACGAUUACUAUGACAGCUCACGAAGCGCACGAGAAUUCUAUGAAAUUCCAUUGAUUACAUCUUGUGACAUCUGCCAAGGCGAUGAAUGCUCGAAAUCGUGCAAAAAGUAAAUCUUUUCUC